AUGUGUGGUUAUCGUGGUUAUUAUACUGAUCAAGCAAUGGUACGUUUUGAUAACAAUCGACUGCAUACGGAGUCAAAAGAAAACAACAGAAAAAGAAGAAAAGAAGCUGGCCAUGUUUUGAUUCAAAAUGACGAUGAAGAAGAGGACAAUGAUGCAGUGAUUGAUGGUGCUGAUCAAAUAGAUGAUGAUUAUAAUGAUACAAAUACUGUGACCGGAGCAGCACCUGAGAAUAAUGACACAACAACUGAUAGUGACGAACAUGUCACUGAUGAUAAUGACACAAUAUCAAGUAAUGAUGAGUCAUUAGAUGAUGAUUAUGUUGGAUACGGUGUAGAAUUUAAUGCAUGUACAGCUGGAGGACGUCUUUUAACUGCUGGUCUCUAUAUAUUAAGUUUAAUAUUAGUAGCAUCAUAUACUGCUAAUUUAGCAUCAGAUCUGACUAUACAGAAAUCGCAGUUUGUUGUAUCAGGAAUAGAUGAUAUUAAAAAUGGAAAAGUACCAAUCAAUCGUGUUGGUAUUUUCGCCGGUACAGCUACGGAAGACUAUAUUAAAACAGUGAUGUCUCCAGGAAGUCGAAAUUAUUAUUCAGUACACUCUUACCAAGAAUUAUGGGAUUCUUUAGAAGCUGGCAUAAUCGACGUUUUUUUGGUAGAUGAAGGAGUGGCUCAAUAUGGCAUCAAUAAUGUUUAUUGCGAUUUAACUCUAGUUGGCGAUAGUGUUGCUCCAAGUGCUUGGGGCAUUGUUACUCCUAAAGAGUGGCUAUAUGCAACAGAUUUAGAUAUUAGUGUAUUAUCACUUAGAGAAGCAGGGAAACUUGAUGAAUUGAAACAAAAAUGGUAUCAAGCACGAACUUGUACCGAUUCAACGCUAACAUCAACAUCUUUUGACAUCGAAGCAAUUACUGGAUUGCUUGUUAUUUUUGUAGUUAUUACUGUUGUAGCAUUAUUAUUAUUUUUAUGGACUGAAAGACGUAAUAUUAAAAAAUAUUUAUCACAAUUAAUACAUGGGCAAGACUCAUCAGUCGAAGAAAGAUACUCUGCAGCAAGAAAUUCAAACGAAAAUUAUGAACAUGAACAAAAUCAUCAAACAAUGUCGCAAGAUACUUCAUACUUUUAA